AUGGCGGCGCCCGCCUGCCACGUGGGGACCGGGGAGCGGCGGGAGGGGGCGGCAGGGGAAGGGGAAGGGGAAGGGGAAGAGGUAGGGGAAGGGGAAGAGGAAGAGGGGGCGGAAGCGGAAGCGGCGGGGCCCGGCGCCGGAGCGCUGUGCUCCGUGUUCCCCCGCGACCCCGCGCUCUUCGCCGACGCGUUCCCGGUGCGGCGCCGGUACCGGCUCUGCGGGCGCGUCGUGCGCAUCGCGCAGCACCACGGGCCGCGCCUGGGGGCGGCCGCCUGCGUCUGGGAGGCGGCCCUGUCCCUGUGCCGGUACCUGGAGCAGCAGCGCUUCGAUUUCCGCGGCCGCACCGUGAUCGAGCUGGGCGCCGGCACCGGCAUCGUGGGCAUCGCGGCGGCGCUGCUGGGAGGGGACGUCACCAUCACGGACCAGCCGGCGGCACUGGACCAAAUCCGCGAGAACGUGGAGCUGAACUUCGCGGGGGGGGCCCGGCCGCGGGUGCGAGCCCUGCGCUGGGGCCGGGACGAGGCCGCCUUCCCCCGCGAUUUCGGGGUGAUCCUGGGCUCCGACAUUGUGUACGCCCCCCCCGCGCUGCCCCCACUCCUGGGCACCUUGCGGCACCUCUGCGGCCCCCGCGCUCUCGCCCUGCUCUGCGCCCGCGCCCGGGGGGGCGACGGCGGCCCCACCCGACGCUUCUUCCGACAGAUGUUGCCCCCCUAUUUCCAUGUCCAGCUGUUGCAGCGGGAGCCUGAGCAUGAGAUCGAGAUCUAUGGGCUGACCCCCAGGGGUGGGGGGGACCCUACUGAGGAGGGGGGGGCACCCCUUGGCUCGGUGUUCCCAGGCUGGGGGUCCCCUCAGGGGAAUUAAAUGGUCGCCAGGACCCUGGGCUCA